AUGACGGUCAGAAAGCGCUUCCUGAACCUCUUUACGAAAGGAGAAUCUGUUCAAGAACCUUCUUCAACCAGCGCUAUCAACAUCGAGACCGCUGCUGACUCAAAAAGCCCCGUUGACCGGUCAUACGAUGCCGACCGCGCCUCAUCGGAUGAGGAGAUCAUUGACGGAAAGGCACAGGCUGGUACCCAGAAAGCUCAAGCUAGUACUCAAGCUUGGACGCAAAAUACCCUGAUAGUGGCUUAUAUCCUUAUUUGGGUCGUCAACUUCUUAGAGUACUUUAGCUCUGGCCUGCUCGGCUCACUAUCGCCAUACAUCUACAGUGACUUCGAGAUGCAUUCCUUGACAGGCCUUACCAGUGUCAUCGCCUCAUUGAUCGCCGCCCUGGUCAAGUUCCCAUAUGCAAAGGUCAUGGAUAUCUGGGGUCGACCUCAGGCCUUCGGGCUAGGCGUCGGUUUCUUGACUCUUGGGCUCAUCAUGAUGGCCGCCUGUACAAAUGUACAGACUUAUUGUGCUGCACAGCUGUUUUAUCAAACUGGAUUUAGCAUGAUCGAUUUCUCCAUGACGAUUUUCAUUGCUGAUACAACGGCUUUGAAGAACCGCGCGUUCUGGAUUGCUUAUGUGGCUUCUCCAUACCUUAUCACACCGUGGAUCUACGGUUAUGCGGCCGAACAGAUCGUUGCUCCGGGGGGCAUCGGAUACCGAUGGGGCUUCGGCAUUUUCGCAAUCAUCAUGCCUGUUGUCAGUACUCCACUCUGGGGUCUGUGGUAUCACAUUCAGAGAAAGGCCGAAAAGCUGGAUUUCACGGAAAAGCAAAGCAGCAGACGAAACAUCUUACAACGCAUCAUCUAUUAUGGUGUCGAGUUUGAUGUGAUCGGCCUUCUCAUUAUCGCAACAGGCUUCUCCCUGUUUCUGCUGGCAUUCAACAUAUACUCGUAUCAACCUGGCGAGUGGCACUCUCCGAUGAUUAUAUGCUUUGUUGUGAUUGGGUUUUGCUUGAUCAUCUGCUUCACACUUUGGGAGAAAUACUUUGCACCAGUGAAAUUCAUGCCGUGGGGGCUGAUCAAAAACCGGACUGUGUUUUUCACUUUCUCCAUGGUCGUUUCGCUCUAUUUUGCCUGGUAUAUCUGGGAUAACUAUUUUUAUUCCCUCUUGCAGGUAAUGUUUGACCAAAGUGUUACCCAAGCAACAUAUAUCUCAAACAUUUAUACCAUCGGCUCUUGCUUCUGGUGUCUUGUCUUCGGCGCUAUUCUGCGCAAGUAUGGCCAUCUGAAAUGGUGGGCUAUUUGUUUUGGCGUUCCUUUGACUAUUCUUGGGGUUGGUCUCAUGAUCAAGUUCCGACAGCCAGAGUCGAACAUUGGGUAUAUUGUUAUGUGCCAGAUUUUGUCGCUUUCGGAGGUGGCACCCUGGUGA